UCCUAUAAGCCCUGGUCCUUUGGAUGGAGUUUUUGUCUCACAGUUCCCAUUUGGAAUGGAGCUUUGUUAGGCAAACCAAGAGUGUUAUCAAAGGAAAGACCUUCUCAAACUGCUUUGUUCCUGAACCUGCAGUUCCAGCAGACCUUCCUGCUGCCUUCCAGUUGGGUGCAGGAACACAACUGCCAGCGUGGACAGCGGGGGGAGGCCAGUUUUGCCUUCAACAUCCUGAGCAUCGCAGGCGCCUCAGUGCAAUUUUCUGCUGCCGUUGCAUCUUUGCUCCUUGGCCCAUCCUGCUACUGCUGGCUGGCUGGGAUCACUGGGAGCAGCUACCUGGGUUAAGUUCUGUUCCCCUUCCCCUGUGCUGACUUCCCAAACCUCUGCAGAGACCCACUGAGGGAUGAGUGAUACCCCCUCACCCUUAAAAUACUGGACUCAUGCCUGAGUCUGGCUGUAUUCUGUGCAGAUUUGGGUUUUGUGAAGCUGCUGCAGUUUGGACACUGACACAUGAGCAUCAGUCACAGCUGGGAAGGUGGAUUGCCAGGAGGGUGGCACGGCUGGGCAAGGAUGGAUGGAGCCUGACUGCUCUGCCAUGGGGUUCGUUACAUUAGAUCACUUUAUGAGCCAGAAAUUUGGCCCUUCAUAUCCAUUACAUCCCAGUGCUGUUUUGCCUAAAGGGACACGCCUUUUCCAUGUGUAGCCUGGGCAUCUGAAUUCAAAGGCUGGGCACAAUUUUACGGAAAUUAUACAGUCUGCUUUUGAUGUUACGGAAAGCAGAACCUGAAGAUUUGCCUUUCUGCUCUUCCUUAUGGCUUGGACACUGCUCUGCCAUUAACACACAGAGCUGUCAAAACCUACACACGCCUAGGUACGAGAUGGACAUGGAUCUGAUCCCAACAUAGACCUCAACAGCAAGAGGAGUGUGAAAAAUAACCACCAUUCAGCAUGUCUUAUCUCUGCUCCAGAUAGAGCCCUAGGCAGGAGCACCUCGACAGUGCAGCAGGAUGAGAGGUGAGGGCAGGAGGAAAAACAGGCUUCUGGGUGACCCAGAGCAGAGCCAGAGCCCAGCACCAUGCCCCAAGCAGCUCCUGUGUGAGGCAUAGCAUCAGUUUCCAGCUCCAACAUUCCUCCAGCUCCCACAUCUUGUAGGACUCGCUGUUGGUUCAGACAUUCACAAAUUUUACUGCACUGAGGGAAAUCUCACCUUCUGUGCAUGCUGUCCCUUGGGGUUUUUCUUCCCUUUAACCUUUGUUUGGAGCCAGUCUUGAAUCCCCGAAAAAAAAACAGUGUUUCCAUGACAACAGCCCAGUAGUGGGCUCCUCUGGGACACCUGAAGAAUCAAAACACAGCCAGUGCUUCCUCCUGCUCCAGCAUCACUCCCCACAGCCAUAUCCUAUCCCCUCUCCCUCCUCUCGUGCCACAGUGGGCUGCCAACUGCCUUGGGCAGAGCUCUGCCUGCAGUGGCAGCACUGGCAUUUACUGACUGAUAAGUUACACUGCACAAGGUGUGGACAGGCAGGUAUUGGACCAUGGAACCAUCUUAUUGAGAGAGAAAGGCCAGAAGGGUCUUCAGUCCAAAGGACUGGACAGCUCUUGCAUUUCAUAAUCCCCUAAUCUUAUUAAUAAGAUUCACAAUUUUCACGCCCUCCUUGGUAUUUUACAGGAGAUAAUCAAGUGAUCCUUCGUUACUCACAGUCCCUGCUUUGCUCCCAACACACAGCAUUUCUCUUGCCCAUGUUCACCAAAGCUCUGCAAGCGCUGACCCGAUGGCCCUGUCCCAGCAGAGCGUCCCUGGGACCUCACCAAGACCCCAAGCAUCCCCAGCUGCACCCUCUCCCUGAGCAGGGCAGGGUACCAGUCCUCUACAGAACCAGACCCUGCCUGCCCAAGUGUUUUCUCCCCCGGGUGGCACAGCCAACACCUUGCCCAGAGACUGACUCCAGCCAAGUGCCCCACUGAUCCUCCACUGAGGCAGUUCCAAACCCCCAACCUUUCCCUGCAGCACUCUGUCUGCCCUCAAACCAAGAUUUAUGAGGGUUAUGCACGGAUGUGGCUGCAAGAAGAGUCCAAAAGCUUUUGUUGCAAUGCCACAAGCAGCACAAAAAGCAGCAAAACGCUCUUUGCAUACCUGAUCCUCACUGAAGGGAUGCAAGCAGCACCCUCAAGCCCCAGACGGCAGGCUCUGAAGCAGGACCCAAGGAGGCAGCGUGGAUGUGUGCCAGCCUGACAAUGGGGUUUCGUUUAACAAGCACAGAUUUAAGUGUGGAAAUCAAAUAUGAAACAGUCGUGGCCAGCAUUGUCUGCAUUCUUGGAGUGGCACUGAACUAGCAGAAAGAAAAGAACUGAGACACUGGCCCAGACAUGCUCCAGCUGUCUGCGACUACCUCUUCCCUCCUCCACUGAAUGACGUACACCAACCCAGGAGCUCUUUUCAUCUCAGCUUUUGCACAAUCCCACGGUACUCCUGGCAGGAGAAGGUCAGGCAUGUUUAAGUGUGAGAUGCUGUCUCUGCAAAAAAUUGUUUUGUAACAUCCAGAGCAGGUCUGCAAUUCCAAACCUGGAUAUUGUAAGCUCCAACAAAGAUUUUUGCAGUGCACCUCCAGUAACUGCUGUACAUGCACCUUGCUGCUUCCUGACAAAUGGCAUUGCUCUAAGGGUUUGCAUGGGGAAGUUUAACCUUAUUCCAGACAGUUCAGUAAGGGGAGAGGUUUUUGUUUGUUUUUUGGUUUUUUUUAUGAAUAAUGAAAAUUAUUUCUCAUACUAGAAUCUAAUUUCUGCUCAUUAGGGGUAAAAAUGAUGAUUUCAAGCAAGGAGUUUCUCCUAAUCCAUAAACUGUAAACAUCUGCUCAACACCAAGCCUAGGAGCAACUCCAUUUGCCUUAAUAUGUGUGCUUAUCUCUAAGCAGGUGCUUAAGUGGUUUGUUGGCAAGAGCUGGAGUGCUUAUGUCUUUCCAGGUGACCCUAUUUAAUAAUUACCAGUAUUAAACAGCUCAAUAACUAUAAACACAAGGAAAAACCACCCAACACUGAGUCAGCUCUACACAGAUCUUUUCCAAAUAUGAUUUCUGCGUUAAUCAGGGGGGUCAAACUGUUCCAUGCUCGAGGGCUGACCCCAAAGCCACGGGAAUCAGUGGAAGGGUGUUGACCAGUUACACCGGUUUGGGGAUGGGAUCCCCUGUGAGCAGAAACACCUUUCUGUCUUGGCACUGUGACUAACAGGGACAACAAAGGCUCUGCACUGACAUUAAGAAAAUUUGUUUUAUGUCCUGACAUCCUGUUAACCUCCAGCUCACUUAGAGGAAGCUGUUAAUUUAAUGGUUGCGUCAGAAAGAUACGGCAUUGCUGAGCAACGAAGGAAACCUCCCAGACCAAUGUCAGCAUUAACACCUGCACAGGGCAGCACUGGCUGCAGGAAUCUCUGAACAGAGCAUAAAUUUGAAGAAUCUGCCCUUGACAAGGAGAAAACUUUCAAAUCAAAGUGGUCAUGGCUGAUACAGACUCUAGGGACAGGCUCUGGUAUCUGCCUCCUGCAUGUCUUCCACAGCAAAGCCUCUCUGGAUCCUACAGGUUUUUCCAGUUAAAUUUGAUGCAAAAAUGGAUGGAUUAAUCCUCUCCCAUCCCUUGGAAGUAAGAGGCUGCACACAGGGUCUUUAUCUCAGCCUGAUAUAAAGAGCUCUAAUCACUCAAACCCAGAGAAGUUUAUUUUGCUAUUGCCUUGAUUUCGCUGCCAGUAAAAUUUGACUAUAGGUGGUAUCCAUUUUACUGAAUAUCAAACUUACAUUGUACAUAUAUGCAAGAGUAGAGGUGGAAGGCAGUGGUAAGACACUUAGCUAAAAUGAGAUGUCUGACCUAAAAAUAAAGAUAUAAAGGUCCUGACUCCAUAAAACACUUCAGCACAUACCUAGCAGCAGACAUGCAGAUGAUGCUGUUGAGCUCAGCCUGACACAAGUGCUGUAACUAGUGUGAUGAUAAUCAGGAUUCAUUAUAAGUCAGAUGGAAUCUGGAAUACAACUGUGCUGUAAAACCACGGUUUUAAUCCAGAGGUGCCAGUACCUCACCUGAAAAACAAAGCUAUAGUCUUUCCAUUGCCUGCUCAGACACAGGCUUGCAUUUAUACACCAGAAACACCCUAAUUCACAGCAGCAAAGUAGAAAGAUUUGGGUUGUUGCAUUACUCUUAGGAAUAAAACCUUUAUCUCUGUGUGUCAGGCUUGCACUUUCAGCGUGCUGGGACAUUUAGAGUCCCAGCUCACUGACCCUCAUUUGAUGCUUCUACAGAUUUGAGCACUGACCUUCCAGGCAUGAGAUCAUUGACUUGUGUGUGUCCCUGACUCCUGCAGCCCACAGCAUUGCUCCAAACAUCAUUCCUGAUUGUUGGUCACUCCAGACUGACUCAUUCUCAUUCUGUCUCCCACACAACCAUCUGUCCUUUCCCAAACUCUAUCCCUCCACUCUUCAACCUGUGGCUCAGGGUCAGCAUCAUCCUUCAAUCCUUUAUCCCACUGCUUACAUUUUCCAUCCACUGGCUCCUAACAAGAAAUGGAAAGUUCCUUGCAGCUUCAGCCAACCUCACCUCCUAAGGUCUUUUUGCCCAGAGGGACAAUAACUAAGGUUCAGGCCAAGAUACUAUCUCGUCCAGACGGGGGAAGUCUGGAAGCCCUGAUAGCUGAUGACCUACGUAAGCCCGUGUUACAAUUUCACUUUCCAUAAUUCAACUGCAGUUUCUAAACUGUGUGGAAAUGCUAUAUGGUAUUUAUAGAAACAUUAAUGUUGCUUAGAUUUUGGAAACAGCAACGCUGCUUUCAGUGGUCUUGGUUAACCACAGUCUUGAACUAUCGCAUUCCCGGGAUAAAUCUUGGAGAUGUUGAAAGGCAUUUCUACCAAAAUAGAAAGGCAGAAUUUGUGAGGCUUUUCAGAAAACAAGAAUCACCCCUGAGCGUGGGUCCUCCUCUCUGGCCACAGUUGGUGCAGGUGUCCAUCUGCACACGGAGCAGACGGCAGAGUUAAAGCCUAAACCUAUAAUCAUUAGUCAGGCAAAAUUACAGCAGGUGAUGGUGUGCACAGCUGAGCCCAGGGCUUUAUGGCAGGUAAUCAGCACACUCCUGCCCCAUAACCUCUGCAGUCUCUUGGGUUUCGAGUCAGCAGUUCUGCUCCUGUGGGCAGCAAGCAUACAGAAACUGUUUUCUCUGCAAGUGUUAUAACUUCUAUUUCAGUUCAGCACUCUUCCUUAUUAAACUGUCAUUGCCCACAAAUGAGUUUUCUGAGUAAUUAAUACCACUGGGGCUCUAAUGAAGAUGCCAUGCAAGACUCUGCUACAGCAGCUCCAGGUGACAUUACUAGUCUGCCACUCUUUUCCAGCUCUCCUCAGAAGGAUGAAUCAGGAUCUCAAUAGUGCUAC